CCAGAGCCGCGGGCGUUGGGAGUCGGUGGCGGCGGCAUGGACGCGGACAGCCUCCUGCUGUCGCUGGAACUGGCUUCGGGCAGCGGGCAGGGCCUGAGCCCGGACCGUCGGGCCUCGCUGCUCACGUCGCUGCUGCUGGUGAAGCGCGACUACCGCUACGACCGCGUCCUCUUCUGGGGCCGCAUCCUCGGCCUGGUCGCCGACUACUACAUCGCGCAGGGCCUGAGCGAGGACCAGAUGGCCCCGCGCAAGACGCUCUACAGCCUGAACUGUACAGAAUGGAGCCUCUUACCGCCAGCCACAGAGGAGAUGAUAACACAGACGGACGUGGUGAAGGGCCGCUUCAUGGGGGACCCCUCGCAUGAGUACGAGCACACAGAGCUCCAGAAGGUGAACGAAGGCGACAAGUCUUUUGACGAAGAAGUCGUGGUCCAGAUCAAGGAGGAGACCCGCUUGGUGUCCGUCAUUGACCAGAUUGACAAGGCGGUGGCCAUUGUUCCCCGGGGCGCCCUCUUCAAGACCCCUUUUGGGGCCACUCAUGUGAACCGGACCUUUGAAGGACUCUCCAUGUCUGAGGUCAAGAAGCUCAGUUCCUACUUCCACUUCAGGGAGGCGGUGGACCUGAAGAACAAGACCUUGCUUGAGAAGGCUAACCUGGACCCCUCCCUGGACUUCCUGGAUUCCCUGGAGUACGACGUCCCCAAAGGGUCCUGGAGCAUCCAGAUGGAGAGGGGCAAUGCCUUGGUGGUGCUGCGCAGCCUGCUCUGGCCAGGCCUCACCUUCUACCAUGCUCCUCGCACCAAAAACUAUGGCUACAUCUACGUGGGCACUGGCGAGAAGAACCUGGACCUGCCCUUCAUGCUGUAGGGCGGCACCAGCCGGGGGAUUUUAGUCGGUUAUAAAUGCUAUUGAACUUGG